AUUCAGAAGUCAAAGAACCAAACAAAACCAAAAGCUUCUCUCUAGUUUCAGGUAUUACUUCCAAUGGAUUGGAAGAUUGAGUUUAGAGAGCUGAGGCCUUUGCUUCACUUGCUGUUGCCACUAUGUUUUCAUUGGAUUGCAGAGGAGAUGACUGUUUCUGUUCUUGUUGAUGUGGUUACUAAUGCUUUGUGUCCUGGCCAGACUACUUGUUCUCAAGCUAUUUAUAUCAACGGCCUCCAACAAACGGUUGUCGGAAUUUUCAAGAUGUUGGUACUUCCUCUUCUGGGUCAACUUGCAGAUGAGUAUGGGCGCAAACCACUGCUCCUUGUAACUGUGUCCACAACCAUAAUCCCUUUCACAUUACUUGCCUUGAAUCAGUCCAAGGAAUCCGUAUAUGCUUAUUAUGCACUUCGUACAGUGUCAUAUAUAAUAAGUCAGGGCAGCAUUUUCUGCAUUGCUGUUGCUUAUGUGGCGGAUGUUGUCAAUGUAAGUAAGAGGGCUGCAGUAUUUAGUUGGAUAACAGGUCUCUUCUCUGCAUCACAUGUCCUGGGAAAUGUUUUGGCACGUUUCCUUCCUGAGAAGUAUAUAUUUGUGGUUUCAAUAGCUCUUCUUAUCUUUUGUCCGGUUUAUAUGCAACUCUUUCUCGUUGAGACUGUUGAACCAAAACCACCUAGAGUUCAUAGUUCUUCAUGCUUGACUAAGAUAAUGAAGGUUGCGCAUGCACGAUAUGAAUCAAUGAGAGAUGCUGCAGCAAUAGUGAUCAGCAGCCCAACACUUGGGGGAAUUUCUCUUGUUUCCUUCUUCUAUGAGUUGAGUAUGUCUGGUAUCAGCUCUGUCUUACUGUACUAUCUGAAGGCAGUGUUUGGUUUUGACAAGAAUCAAUUUUCAGAAAUUCUGAUGAUGGUUGGAAUUGGUUCAAUUCUUUCUCAAAUCGUUUUGCUUCCUAUUAUCAAUCCACUGGUUGGAGAAAAAGUGAUACUAUGCUUAGCCUUACUUGCAUCAAUAGCUUACGCAUUGCUUUAUGGUUUGGCAUGGGCACCUUGGGUGCCGUACUUAAGUGCUUCAUUUGGAGUCAUUUAUGUCCUUGUGAAACCUGCUACUUAUGCUAUUAUUUCUCGAUCAGCAAGCUCAACCAAUCAGGGAAAGGCCCAAGGAUUCAUUGCAGGAGUGCAAGCAAUAGCAAGUUUGUUAUCCCCGCUAGCAAUGAGCCCAUUAACUACUUGGUUCCUAUCUAGCAAUGCUCCUUUUGACUGCAAAGGCUUCAGCAUCAUCGUGGCAUCGAUAUGCUUGAUGAUCUCUUUGGGUUGCGCGUGCAUGCUUAAACCAGAAGAAUGGUCUGGCUUGGAGUCCAAGGAAGACCUCGAAUCACCGCUUUUACGUUGAACUUAAUCAUAAACAUAAUCAGCUUCACAACAAUAUUCCAAUGAAUCCAUGUAAAUAUUAGUUUGUUUUCCACUAAGGUUGUAACUAUGAACAAAAAGGUUAUUCUCAGAACAAAGGAUACUGCAGUAGUAUAUGGAUUUUAAGAUGUUCUUUCUCCUUCUCUGUCGAUUUCAAAAAAUAUUUUACCCA